CUUGCAACAUUCAAAAAAGAGAAGCUGCACUUUGAAAAGGCAGAGGGAGAACUGGGAGGAAACUAUUGGGAGGGAGCAAGGGCCCUUGUGGAGGCUCUGGGAUGGCAUGCACUUUGCUGGGCUCCAUUGGCCUGCUUCUCCUGUAUGUCCUUUGCACUGCACAGGAAGAAGCUCCAAGUGGAUGCCAAAACAUUUCCCCACCUAAUGGCUUUUUUAUUGAACGAAGGGGUCAGUUUUCUCUCAAUGAGAAUGUAAACUAUAGGUGUCAGAGUGGCUACACAACUCCUAAUGGUGAUCAAGAGGGAGAGACACAGUGUCUUGAAAUUGGAUGGAGUCCAGAACCCAAGUGUAUCAAAACAUGCCAAAGGCCAUCGGAAGAGAAUAUUGUCUUUGACAAAACCCAAUCACUUUUCUUAUUCAAGGAAACGCUUCAUUAUGUAUGCAAAGAUGGCUUUCAAACUGUGAAAGAGACCAUAGAUAGCCACAUACAAUGCACAGAAAAUGGAUGGGAUCCAAAGCCUUUAUGUCUGCCCAUAGAAUGUGAAGCCCCCUUUCUGGAGCAUGGAAGCAUUCAACCAAGGAAAGAUGAGUAUGUGAACAGAGAUGUGGUAAAAUUUUCUUGCAUGAGAGGAUAUACAAGAGUUGGGCCUGAAGCUGCCCAGUGUUAUCACUUUGGAUGGUCUCCACAGCCUCCAAUUUGUAAAGAAAAAGUCAACAGUUGUCAGCAACCACCUAGCAUUUUGAAUGGCUUUGUUACUGGUGAUCUUCUUCAAGAAUAUCAACAUGGGGAGAAGGUGGUUUAUGAAUGUGAUGUCCAGUUUACAAUGGCUGGAUCAAAUACGGUAGAAUGUGUUGAUGGAGAAUGGAUAUCGUUGCCAUCAUGCACAGAAAAAUGCAAACUUCCAAAGGGUGCAAAGGUAGUUCCAGAAGUUCCACUAUCGAAGCAAUUUAACAACAAUGCAGUUCUAAAGUACAGGUGUGGUUCCAGCCUGCAUGAGACAAAAUGUGUUAAUGGGAAAUGGUUACCAGAACCUGAAUGCAAAGAACUCUGCCCACCACCACCCCAACUUCCAAAUGCUAUCAAUGUAGCAGAAAUAAGAAACUACAAAAAUGGCGAAGAGGUGGACUUCACCUGUAUGGAACAUUUCCUCCUCCAAGGGCCACCAAAAAUAUCAUGUGAAUAUGGAAGUUGGCAGACGCCACCACGCUGUGUUGAUGCGACUUGCAGAGAGGCCCCUGUGGUUCAUAAUGCUUAUAUUGUGGACAGCACAUCAGAAGUCUAUCUAUCUGGCCAUGAGCUGCAUUAUCAAUGUGGUGAAGGUUUUGAAAUAUCUGGACCAAACACUAUAAGGUGUGAAAAUAAGGCAUGGUCAGUAGCACCCACAUGUGAAGAUGUAAGAUGUCCUCCUCCACCUGACAUUUCUAAUGGUCGGAUUAAUGGAUAUAAAAAACAAAAGUAUUUGCCCAAUGAGAAGGUGCGCUAUCACUGUCUCCCAGGAUACAGUCUUUUUGGCUCUCCUGUAAUAACAUGUUUAAGGAAACAAUGGACAGAAGCACCACAAUGCAGAGAGGCUGAAAUAAAAUGUGAUCAUGCACCUUCUAUUGAAAAUGGAGGUAUUAUUGAAAUACCUAAAAUAGAAUAUAGUUCAGGUGAAAUUGUGCAUUACAAAUGCCAACAUUUCUACAGCAUGGAAGGAAAUCCAGUAGUGCGUUGUCUCAAUGGCCAUUGGUCAGAAACACCAAGGUGUUUAGAAAAGCCAUGUGGGAAACCCCCAAUCAUUGACCAUGCUUCAUACCUUGAACAAGUAAAAAACAAAUAUGACCCUGGGGAAGUAGUUAAUUAUAAGUGCCACAGUGGUUUUGCUCCUGAAGGACCCCUGACUCUGACAUGCCAAAGAGGUGAAUGGUCAGAACCUUCCACCUGUGAAGAUGCAACCUGCAGUGAUCCUCCAGUGGUUGAAAAUGCUGAUAUUGUAGAGGGCAGAGCAGAGGCCUAUCCGCUUGGCCAUAAGCUGCAUUAUCAGUGUCAUGAAGGUUUUGAAAUAUCUGGACCAAAUCCUGUAAGGUGUGAAAAUAAAGUGUGGUCUGAAUCACCCACAUGUGAAGAUGUACGAUGUCCUUCUCCGCCUGACAUUUCUAAUGGUCGGAUUAAUGGACAAAAAAAGCAAAGGUAUUUGCCUGGUGAGAAGGUGCACUAUCGCUGUCUUCCAAGAUACAGUCUUUUUGGAUCACCUGUAAUAACAUGUUCAGAGAAACAAUGGACAGAAGCACCACAAUGCAGAGAGGCUCAAGGGAAAUGUGAUCGUCCACCUACUAUUGAAAAUGGAGAUAUUAUUGAAAUACCUAAACGUGAAUAUAACUCAGGUGAAAGGGUGCAAUACAAAUGUCAACGUUACUACAGAAUGGAAGGAAAUCCAGAAGUCUCUUGUCUCAAUGGCCAUUGGUCAGAAGCACCAAGGUGCAUAGGUAUGAGAAUAAUCUCCUAGUUUCAUUUUUUAAUG